GUUCACUUGUGUCACGUUUUUUAACCUCAAAACUUAUCAUCAUGUCUGGUCGCGGUAAAGGAGGCAAAGUAAAGGGCAAGUCAAAGACCCGUUCAAGCCGUGCUGGACUCCAGUUCCCAGUCGGUCGUAUCCACCGAAUGUUGCGUAAAGGAAAUUACGCAGAACGAGUUGGUGCUGGUGCUCCAGUCUACCUCGCAGCUGUAAUGGAAUAUUUGGCCGCUGAAGUUCUCGAGUUGGCAGGCAACGCUGCUCGUGACAACAAGAAGACUCGUAUCAUCCCACGUCAUCUCCAAUUGGCCAUCCGUAACGACGAAGAGUUGAACAAACUUCUCUCAGGAGUCACCAUCGCUCAAGGUGGAGUCUUACCCAACAUCCAAGCUGUCUUGUUGCCCAAGAAAACCGAAAAAAGCAGCUCAUAAAUUGAACAUCAAUUCAAAUAACUAAACAAAACGGCCCUUUUCAGGGCCACCAAAUUUUUUAAAACGAAAGAUUCUUAUUUAAGUUCAUUAUCUGUAAAACUUGUACACUUCAUCCAUUUAUUGCAUUAUUCCCUAUAUCAAUUUUCUCAUAACUCGUUUUAAAUUACAAACGUUUUAGAAUUUAAAUAAAUCAAGCCUUUUUUUCACAUA